AUUCUCUCGUUGUCAACUAAAGAUGAGGAAUGAACUGUGGAAGAAUGGAAACCUAUGAUUAGAGUAUUCACUACUACCCUUAUUCAUACUGGGCUCACUCCUAUAGCCCCCACCUCCAGAACUCCCUUAAAGACCCCUGGAGGUCCCCGGACCACUGGUUGAGAGCCACUGUCUCAGACCACAUGAAUACUGUGUGUGGACUUUAAAAAUUGAUGUAGAUCCCCCUUAAUUCCGACUGCUAACUAAAAGUAAAAAUCAGCUUUUCACUAAGUUAAAACAAGAUUUAAAAAAUGACUCUUAACUUGUAUCAUUGUCAUUACUACUGCCUUUGAUAACAAUUAUCAAAUUUAAGGCCCUACAGCUCCCACUUUCCAUUAUUUAACAGUCUCUCCAGCUCCUUUAACCUACAGAUAAUAACUUAAUCACGUGGCAGCACAGUUAACAGACAGAGCUUAGUUUGUAUUUGGACCUUUUAAAAACUGAAUUAGAAAAUGACUUAUGAGAUACAACUUUUUUUUUCAAAUUUUAGGCCCAUUAGAGCGUAAAACUAAAAAUAAACCUACACAAAACGUUCCAGUCAUGUGAUGUCAUUAUUUUCAGUCCUUGUGUGAAUCUGUGUUUUGGUGUGUUUGUGCUGAUGAGUCAUGAGGUUAGGAUCUGGUGCUGGGGCAGCAUCAUUCUUCGGUGACUCAUCAUUACCUCGGUUCCAGUCACAUGCUCAACGAAGGUUUCCAGUGACUCAGCUUUUGGUUCAGUUCCCCAUUUUGUUUGACCUUGACCCCACUUUGUUGUAGCACCACAUCCCGUAAAAGGAUUUGAGGAUUAAAAUAAGGCUGACCGGACUUGAACUCACAUAUCUGUGUUGGCCAAAAAGAUUUGCCUCACUUAGGAGUUCCAGCUGAUACAGCACAAACUCAGAUAAAUUCUCUGCAAACAUCUGCUGACCUGCAGUGAAAACCCUCACUUCCCUAAAAUUUCCACGACUUUCAUUCUCAACAUGCAUUUCACUUCCUGUAGGGCGCACAUGCGAGCGAGGUCAGUCAUGGAGGAGCCACAGCGAAUCGAUCUGACCUACAUCACUGAACGCAUCAUCACUAUAUUCUGCCCUCCUGAGUGUCAGGAAGAGAUCUACCUGCAGAACCUGCAGGAGAUUCUUCUCAUGCUGCAGUCCAAGCAUGGACACCACUAUAUGCUCAUCAACCUCUCACAGAAGAAUAACACCCUCACCCGAAUGAACCACAAGAUUUUGGACACAGGUUGGGUGGCCCUCCUGGCUCCUGACCGGGAUCAGAUCCUCAGUGUGUGCACGACGAUGCAGAACUGGCUGCAAACACAUCCGAAGCACGUCCUGGUGUUACACUGCAGGGGACGUAAAGGGCUGCUCGGAGUUCUGGUGGCUUCUUACAUCCACUUCAGCAACAUAUCAGCCAGUGCAGACCUUUCUCUCGACCACUUUGCCAUGAGGAGGUUCUACAACGACAAACUGUCUGCUCUGAUGACCCCCUCACAAAAACGGUAUGUGUGGAUGCUGGGGAGCAUGUUAAAGGGAGGUCUGAGGAUGUGUCCCUCUCCGUCUUUCCUCCUGUGUGUUGUUCUUCACGGUCUUCCCAAAAUAAAACCAGAUGGAGCAUGUUGUCUCUUCCUGAGAGUCUACCAGAGUCUACAAGCUGUUUGCACAUCGGCAGUCUACCAUGUUAAUGCAGCCCAGACAGACCGCCUCUACAUUGUGCUGCAGCCAGCUCAGCUGCUCAAAGGGGACAUCAUGGUGGUGUGUUAUGAUAAAAACAGCCAGUCAGCCAGCCGGCAGGUUGUCUUCCGUCUCCAGUUUCAUACGGGCCUCGUACACGGACACACCCUCACUUUCAGCAAGGCGGAGCUGGACUGUGCCAGUGAAGAUCCUCGGUUCCCAGAUGAUGGAAAAGUGGAGCUGUUGCUUUCUGACAGCCCUGAAAAAAUUACAGGCAGAGAACUGUGGCACAAUGGACACUGUGUGAUAGUGGACUAUGACACCCUGGACCCUUUGGUUAGACGAGAUUCAUACGGAGACACAUCCUCUCUUGAAACAGCUUCACCUCAUAUUCAGGACCCUGGAAAUGGCAGCUUAUACGGUGUGAGGAAGAGGAGUAGUGAGGAAGGAGCUUCCUUCUGCCUGACCGCCAGCAGCCCCAGCUUCAGCGACCGAGCUCCGUCUGCCAGCAGUGAUUCAGGCCUGUCUGUUGCCUCACAGGGACCAACCGGAGCUGGACAGAGGAGAGGGGUUGCACAGGACGAGUGUACCCAGGCAAGGAGGCUGUUCCCUGGGGUGGACUUUGAGAUUGCUCAGCCUCUUCUGGAGGUCAUGACUGAGUUUGCUGCAUCCAGCAGAGGAGAGGGGGAGAUGACUGGAGAUGAGUCUGGACUGGGACAUACUGUCAAUGGAGAGGCUUCGUCGAACGAGAGGGAAACUGAUAUAUUAGAUGAUGAGGAUGAGUUAGAUGGUGUAGCAGCUCCUGCUUCAGACCUGCCAAGCUCUAGCAGUAUCUGCUCCCUCUCCUCCGAGAACCUGCCUGAAACCCAGAGAUCAGCCCACACUGAGUACUCCACACACUCCUGGGUUCAACAGCAGCAGAUGGUUGUUGUCGUCACUGAUACCUACCUUCAAACUGAUGGGGAAGAGAAGUUGAACAGGGUGAGGAAACAGAGGCCGACACCUCUGACAGCUCCUGACACACCAACUCGAGGACUCAGCAGCAGGGAGGCAGUGCAGAGAGUGCUGGUGGACGAGGACGGCACACACAAUGUCACACAGAACACAGAUGUUGCACGCAACCUACAGUCUGCUGAUACCACAAACCCUUCAUCUUGCCAAGAAGUGGAUUUGUCGUCAUUAAACACAGACAUUGACGAAUCCAUAGAGCAGCUGAACCAGCUUAUUUUGGAUUUGGAUCCCACCUUUGUUCCUGUUCCUACCCGCUGUGCCCCCCUUUCCCGCUCUGCCUCUCUGCACACCAACGGCCUCAGCAACAAGGGAAAUACCCAUCGGUCAGGGUGGAGGCAGCAGAUGCAGGUCAGUGAUGUGACAGACUAUGCUGGUCUCCAUAGUCCAGGAUGGAGAGGGGGUGGUGCUCAGAGCUUCAGAGGCUCCCCAGUCUACAGUCCUUCCUACUCACCAUCUCAGCAUGGGCAUCUCUACAAAACCAAUAGCGUGGACUAUCAGGGACACACAGAUAGCUGUGACAUCGUUCCUCCUACUCCGGCCUUCCCUGUGUCUCCUCCAACGCCCUAUGUGAAACAUUUCUCCGAAUUUUCCCAGCUCAGGACUGGUGUGCAGUGGGACCAACACAACUGGACACAAGAUUCCCGGAGUUUCCUCGACAGUAUGAACCACACCGGCGGCUCCACAGAGGGAGAGCUGUUCAGAUCAGAAGUGUCGGUCACUCCUGCGUCCUGUCAGAGGAUCUUUGGCUCCAUGUGCUCCAUGUCAUCAGACAGCCCCCUCCCACACACAGACAGCUCCACUCCUCCUCCUGUUUGGCACGACCAGACUCCAAACUCCCUCAACUCCCCGUAUCCCCCUCAGCCUUCACCUCCUCUCUCCCUCAACACUCCCAAUGCUCACAGCUCUCCCCGGAGGGCUCUGAGAGGCCUGGGUGGAGGUCCAGGGGCGCGCAGAGAGACAGACAGCACAGACUUGUCCUCGUUGUUGGGGAACGGAGGCCUGGAGCACAGCCUGCUGGAGGCCAUGGAGGGCCUCGGGAGUCUGAACCUCGGGGGAGACAGUGGCCUCCCUCCACUGCUGCCUGAGAAGAGGAGAGGGGGUGAGGCAGGAGAGCUUGGCUCCCACUCCCCCUCUCUGAGCGGGUUUUCCAGCCCUCACAGUGGCAGCAGUCUCAGCAUCCCUUUCUCUUCCUCCAUGACCCCUGAACCCCUCAGAGGACUCAGUGGGGCCCCAUCGCCCGCAGCAGACUUUGGCAGUAAGCAGGACACUGUGAAGUUUGUUCAGGACACUUCCAAGUUCUGGUACAAGCCCGACAUCUCCAGAGACCAAGCUAUCGCAGUGUUGAAGGACAAAGAGCCAGGCUCAUUCAUUGUCAGAAACAGUCAUUCAUUUCGCGGGGCGUAUGGAUUGGCCAUGAAGGUGGCUACGCCUCCUCCGUCUGUGUUACAACAGAGUAAGAAAGUAGGGGACCUGUCCAAUGAGCUGGUGAGACACUUCUUGAUAGAGUGCACGCAGAAAGGAGUUCGUCUCAAGGGUUGCCCCAACGAGCCGUACUUUGGAAGUCUCACAGCUCUGGUGUGUCAGCACUCCAUCACCCCUCUGGCUCUGCCCUGUAAACUCAUCCUGCCUGACAAAGACCCAGUGGAGGAUCUGAAUGACUCGUCUACACAAACAGCGACAAACUCAGCAGCUGAGCUUCUCAAACAGGGAGCAGCAUGCAAUGUGUGGUACCUGGGCUCUGUGGAGCUGGAAUCUCUGACGGGACAUCAGGCAGUUCAGAAGGCGACCACAAUGACGCUCUCCAUGGACCCCCCUCCGGCGUCCACCGUCGUCCACUUCAAAGUGUCGGCACAGGGAAUCACGCUCACUGACAACCAGAGGAAGUUGUUCUUCAGGAGACACUACGCUGUCAACACUGUCAUCUUCUGUUCUCUGGACCCACAGGGCAGGAAAUGGACAAGAGGCAGCGGCUCUACUGCGAAGAUCUUUGGAUUUGUAGCAAGGAAAUCUCAGAGUGAGACUGAAAACGUGUGCCACCUGUUUGCUGAACACGACCCCGAGCAGCCAGCAAGUGCCAUCGUCAACUUUGUCUCAAAAGUCAUGAUUGGGUCACAUAAGAAGUAAGGAGGGAGAGACUCACUGCAGAUUGGAGAGGAUGGACUGGGGAUUAACUGCCAACCCCAACACCAACUUUUGCUCCCAAGAGCCAAAAACUAUGAACCCAGACACUCUCAUGUAUUUUGUACCGUCUGCACUGCAGGAUGCCGCCACCAGAGGGAGCCGAGACUGUUAUGUAUAAAGUAAAACUUACCAGCAAGACAUUGAAAGUACUUUAAGAUGCAUCCUCAGAAGUUUUUGUAUAAAAUUUGUAUGAAAUCAUGCACACUUUUCCAAGAGGAUCCAGUAAGAAAAUCUGAUUUUGACCAUUUUAUCAGACCUGUAUCUUCAAACUUUCUGUAAAUGUACCAUAUUACACUGACUUUGCUUGUUGCUGGCACUCACAGCUGACAAAUACAACACUCUUAUUCUGAUUACACCCAGAAAAUAUCUGAUAUUCUGCGCAUAAACACAUAUUUUUAAGUAUGAAUAUAAUUCUGAAAGCUUUUCUUUCCAGUAAAAAUGUGUAAAUCAGGUUUCAACAUCACUGUUGAGCAAACCACAGACCCAUUUUAUUUGUUAAAUCAAAACCAACAAUACUGUCUCAUGACAAAGCCAGUUAUGUGGUCGCCUUAUACUUAAGAUGGAUUUUUUUGUGUUAUGUUUAUAGUAUUUAUCCCUUUUUACAGAUGUGUAAAAGUCUCUCUUUUUUCCUAAAUAUACUUGUCAUAUAUUUUUGUAUAUUAACAUACUGUACAUUAGAAUUAAAGGCAGUGAACCUCAGAAUCUGUAUAAUUAUGUCACAUAUUGUUGUAGUAUUUUACAUACAAGAUACUACACAGGCUGCCCAUGUAUACUUGUUGUAUUACUAAUAUAGAUGUCAAUAUGUUUCUUUCACAAUAACUCCAAUACAGAUAUAUGUACAGUUAUUAUGCCAUGAAAAAGUCACUCUGAUUUUCACUAAUAAGAGAUCAAAUGCAGUCACUGUGAGAAAUGUCAAACUUUUAGUCCACCUCAGUGUUUUUUUUUCAUGCACAGCUUCCUCUUGUCAUCAAUGUCAUCUUCUUUUGCUGAUUUGUAAAUGAACAUUGAUCUGUUACCGCAGCAUUUCUAAUUCUGGCAUCUUAUUAAAGUAUUGGUGUGUCUAAGUCCCAUAAAGAAAAACACAUUAUCAUACUUGUGGCAUCUAACCAUGCAGAUAGUUUUGGUUUUAUUUGCUCAUGUUUUCUUUUUUAAUAUGGUUUUAAUUUUGAUUUAAAACAAACAGAUAAAAAAAAGUGCCACUCCCACAAACCAUGGUGGCGGAACCCUCCCCAUAGUCACCACAAGAUCUCCAAAUAAAGUAGUCCUGUCACAGUGA